GUGUUCUGUGGUUCAAUGCCAUUGGCGAGUCCUGCGACUCACGUGACUGCUGUUCGGAUAGCGGCAUGGGUAGCGGGCCAUGAGCUUUUGUGUUCGGCGCGUUUGGCUUUAGUUAGGUGCCAACUGCCACGCUUUUUUAGGCGGUACGACUGAAAGGAAAAAUUGUGGCGUUCUCCACGCGUUUGGCUUGCGAUUUUGUUUGCUUCCCAUCGCCGAUUGCCAUUCUGUGAAGUUUUGCCUCUGUUAUUUGUGUGUUACCGUUGUGUGCAAUGAUGUUUGCUUCAGUAGCCGUUCUAAAUUACUAAUGAAUCGAUUCCUGAUGUUUUUGUGUAGGGGCAACUUAGUGUGGCGGACACUAUAAUUGUUUGAAAGUGUGGCCGUCCUUUCUCCAACAAUGUCGAAAGUGACAGUGACAAAGGAAGAAGCCUUACAUCUCUUGGAACUUGAUGGCACAAGGUGGCACCGUUGAGAAGAACCAUGGGUGUUUCACCUUGAGAGCCAGAGAACUGUAGCACCGCAGAUUGCCUGGCAUUGAACUCCAGGCUCAACCGAGAGAUGUGGACGGCAGCCAAAGUGACCAACCGCUGUACAUGCUUUAAACUCUCUACAAGCAGCAUGAUGUCGUUCACAAACAGCAGGCCCGGCAAAGUUCAGGAGUUUGAUUGACUGUACACCAUGUAUUGCAACUCGAAGCCAAGGCCACUUUGGAGCAGCGUGCCCUCCAUCCUCAACGCAUAUACCAUGUAAAGUAAGAGAGGGCACCUUUGCUUCAGACCUCUGCAUACAGCCACCGGUCUCGUGAUGACACCGUUAAAGCAGGAAACAACGGUAUUUGCUGCAUACAUGCGACGAAGAAGGUCCAUCAGCGACAGACAUACAGAUGCAGUACCAGAAGCUGGCGCUGAAGUGGCACCCAACCAGGCAUCGAGCUAAUUUGCGAUCUAUAGAGAGAUUUGACAGGUUGUGCCGGUCAUAUAUAGUACUCACUGAAGGACGAGAAUCAAUGAGCACCUUACUGUCACAAACUGAAAUGUUGAAUGUGUUUAUCAAGGCCUUUGAGCUGGAAGGUAUGCACUUUGACAAUGAAGCCGUAGCUCAAGAUGCAGCUACGCAGUGCGAGUCAAGGCCUAGUACAAGCACACAGACGUCUUGGAUGAGGCACUCUGCGUCCAAAAGCACUGCUACUGCUUCAGGUGAUGCUAGUGGUUGGGGUGGUGCUAGUGCUUGUGCUGGUGCUACUGCUUCAGGUGAUGCUAGUGCUUGUGCUGGUGCUAGUGCUUCUGCUGGUGCUACUGCUUCUGGUGGUGCUACUGCUGCCACCGUGACAUCUUUAACCGGAAAGAAACCAGCAGCUUCAGAAAAAGCAAAGCAGAAUUUACAAGAAGUUGCAGCUGCUUCUGUUGAAGAAAAGUCACUAGAGAAGAAGAAGAAAAAGAAGUCCUCAAAAAAGAGUAAAAAGCGUCGCCAGCAGCGAGAGAAGCAGCAGUCAAGCAAGUCGUCGUCUAAAAAAGACAGGUCCAGCAGCUCCAGCAGCUCUGAAGAUGAAAAGAAGGAGACAGACGAGGAUGAGGACGAACUGGACCCUAACAGUGCUUUUGUGGCCAUGGCACUUAGCCGAAAGGCCAAAGGAGCAGUACCAAGGCCCACUGUAGCCUCAGGCGGUGUCAUUCCCAAGACACCAAAAAAAUCUGCACAAGAUGUCGUCACUCGGAGCCGGAAGCUGGCCCGUGAAGGAUACGAAAUGUGCAAUCUGGGGCGCCACAAGGAAGCCAUUGAGCUAUUCACUCAGGCCAUAAAGUUGUAUGCACAAGAGCACAGUUAUUUUGGGAACCGGUCAUACUGCUACAGCAUUUUAGGAAAGUAUGACAAGGCCCUGAAGGAUGCUGAGAAGGCGAUCAGCCUGCAGCCCCAGCUAGCUAAGGGCUACUUCCGUCGUGCCAAGGCACAGCUUGGCCUGCAGAAGUACAGCGAAGCUGCAGAAUCAUUCAAGAGGGUGCUUGAAAUUGACCCAUCCUGCCAGGAGGCCCAUAUUGAGUUGCGCAGUGUGCACGUCUUUGAGAUCAUGAGCAUGGGUUUCACAGAGGAGCAGGCUGAGUGGUCCUUGACUCAUGGAAACGAAGAUGUCCAAACAGCCAUCAAUAUACUUUGUGGGCCAGAUGCAGUUGUGCCUGAUGUUAAGAUGAACCCUUGUAACAUGGAUGGCUUUCGCUCUCUCUGGGUUGGCAACAUCAAACCUGAAGUCACUGAGAAGAUGCUCAUUGACCUGUUCCGGCGUUACGGGGAUGUGCACAGCAUUCGAAUCCUGCAUGACCGGCACUGUGCCUUCAUCAACUACGGCAACAAGCUUUCACCUGGAAAAGCCAUGGAGGCUUUGCAAGGCCAUAUACUGUGUGGAUCAGCAAUUCUCAUCCGGUUUCCAGAUAACAACUACCUAGAGAAUGGAUCUAAGAAAGAGCCAGUGACAGUGCUGCGAAAGUCCAGUCUGAAGAUGUCAGCAGAGGAGCAGAAGCCAGCCACCACAUUGAGUGAACCGAAGGUCAAGGUAUCUGGGCCUGUAAAUGGCAAUGAAUGUUACUUCUGGAGAACUACUGGCUGUACCUAUGGUGAUAACUGCUACUAUGACCACAUUCCUAGUCACAAGGGUAUCGACUGGAAAGCACCGCGUAGCACUGGAAAGUUCAAAUGAUGCACAGCUGCUGUUUCUUUGGCUGUGGAAUGUAAAAGUUCACCAUGAAACUGCCUUGCACCGAAGAUGGCUUUGUGACAACAGAAAAUGGCUCCUCCGAUUUUGGGACCAAGUCAUUGGAAUGGCCAAUCAUCCAUCAUGUUUGCUCAUUGUUUGCUUUGUGUGACUGCAACUUCUUUAUUGUUUGUGCAAGUGUGUAUUCUUUUUCCUUCUUCUUUUCUUUGUGAAGCCAAAGGUUUGGCAGUUGCCUUGGGCUGUAACAAGUCUCCUUUGACUGCUGUGCCCCGACUCGCACACCCUGGCUGUGAUAAUGUAGCUAUGUGUAAUUGUGUGCUUUGUUUUAGAUUCUAGAUUCAUGUUUGUUGUGGCUCCUAGUCCCUCUUGAAUUCUUUUUAAUAUUGUGCUACUUCAAUUGCUUUUGUUUCCUGCUCAACUUCACUGUGUAAGGUUGGAUGGUGUGUUACCCUAGAAAAAUUCUUGCAGUUCACAGGGAGUGCUCUGGUUAAGACAAUCAAAUACUCGUGGCCUUUGAUAGUCGAUGCCAAUUUCAGAGCUAAAGUGUGGCGCUGUAUUUAUACAGUUUUCAUCAGCAGUUGGCUUUAAUCUUAAACUUGUGCACCUUGUUUAUACCAAGAGCUGUUAUGACACAGCUGUCCGUUGUGCUUUUGUGCACUGGACCCUGCAAAUGUUCAUUAGGAGCGACCCUGUGUUUGUGCCUUGUUGAGAUGGCAUUUAAGUAACUUCGAGAAGUCUUAUUUUUGUUACAAAAUAAAUGAAACAAUGAAUUUUA